AUGGACGAUAAUGUGAAAGAAGAGAGAGGUCGCAGAGCUGCUGAAUAUUUGAAAAAGAAAGGAAUCGUGAAUUUCCAAGGAGGUAUUCCAUCUACUCUGUUACAGACGGGGCAACAAUGGGACUUUCCUAACGCUUGGCCCCCUUACCAAAACCUGAUAAUAAUUGGUUUAGACAAGAGUAAUAGUACAGAAGCUAAGGAAGUUGCUAAACAACUGGCACAUAAAUGGAUCAACUCGAAUAUUAAAGGUUUUCACGAUAACAAAGCGAUGUUCGAAAAGUACGAUGUUCAGACAAGUGGUCAAUUUGGUGGAGGGGGGGAAUACAAUGUCCAGGCUGGGUUUGGAUGGAGUAACGGCGGAAUUCUCGAGCUCAUUCAUUUAUACUACAGGGCUAAAACUAGAAAAUAUAUCG